AUGAAAAGUGCAUACAGAAGCGUGAUGUUCUUUAUGGGGCAGAAGGAACUGGAAAUGGAAUUUAAGGCAAACAAAAUAGUAUCUCAGUGCAGGCAGAAAUGCGAGGUGCUACAAGUGAAGUUCACAGAAAAAAUGGAGCAGGUGCACACUGCAUACCAGAAAAUGGCCAAGAGGUGUCAGAUGCUGGAACAAGAGGUUGAGAGCUUGUCAAAGGAUAAGCAAGAGCUCCAAGAAAAAUUUUCUGAAAAAUCAAGGCAAAAGAGAAAGCUUGAUGAAAUGUAUGAUCAACUGAGAAGUGAGUAUGAGUCAAUGAAGCAAUCAGCCAUCCAACCUGCAAGAAACUUCUAUUCAACAACUGAGCCUGAUUUGUUCUCUAAUCCACCUAGCAUGAUGGAUAACAGAGAUCCAAUCAGAAAAGAUUGGUCGGUCUUCACUCCUGAAACUCCAGUACGAAGAGAGGAUAUCUGGCCUCAACCAAGGCAGAAUACCUCUAACUCUGGGCCCUUCGACAUCUCUGGUGGCUCACCGGCAAAACCAUCAGGAAUUCCACUUGAUACCGGCAACAGAAGGGCUCCUGCUCGUCCCGCUUUUGGAGGUGGAGCCAGUAACCCUUCGAUGACUUUAAGGAACCUUAUUCUUUCACCUAUAAAGCGGCCUCAGCUUUCUCGUAACCGCCCUCAAAUGUUCACGUAA